AUGGACGUCGGUAUUCGCGCAUGCGCGUUGCUCGCAUUAUGUCUCAACUGGGUUCAAAUUACGGCUCCGUACAACAUACGGAACCACCCAUGUUGCUUGGACCCCAACGAGAAUUUAACCCUGGCGAUGAUCAUCGACGCGUUCGAGAUUUAUGGUCACGACCCCACAGACAAGCUGGAUAACCUGUGGCUGUACCAGAACGAGAUGAUGCGGAUCAAGACUGCCGAGGAUCAGUAUCUGAUCAACGAGCGAGUCCACAUAGCCACUGACCAUUUGGGACGUUUCAUCAAACUGCACAUCCAAGAAUUAAAGGUGCUUUUAAUUACUCUGGAUGACGUCAUCGACAACAUGCUGACAAUGUACGAGAACCACAACUCUGUGGCUGCAGAGCGAAAGGCGACGUACACUGGAGGCCCCGUCCCUAUGGAAUUUUAUUUAAGCCAGGAGUACUACUGCGGAAAAAACGUUUACAUAUUCGUCUCAGAGCUAUACAGCGACAUAUAUAAUAUGGGCAAGGGCACUGCCCCCUACUGCAAGGAUAGAUCGUUUGUGUUCCUUGGCUUCCUGCACUACCAUGAUGAACAGAAGUACUACUUGAUCGACGAUCCUAGUAUUUCUUUUCCCACUGACAACUUCUUGCAUGGCUUGGAAUGCCAUGUCGGUCUGUGUAUAUUUAGGUUUCCCUUCAAGAAAGUUCUGCAACGUGAACGAGACGUGGUAAUUCUGCCCAAAGCCAUAGUCAAGUGCGGGCUGGUGAUGUACAAACUGCCGCCACUGACGGCUGCUUCGUGCAUCAUCGCUUCAGGAUCCUUCAUCCUGGACUUCAAUAUCCAGGGGUUGCGGUACCGGCACCACGAUUAUUUGUUGACAUCACCUAACGGGCACACGUAUUACACCAAAGAACCACGUACGCCAUUAGUGUGUGACCACCACGUUUGCGAGUGGAAUUUCACCAACCAUUAUGGCGGCCCAUUCUUGAUUCCCGGAGACCCGGGCAGCGGUAUUGACCCCGUGCCGCCUUACAUCGAACCCACGCCGAAACCAGAGGAGCCGGAGGAAGAAGACAACAUCACCGUACCUUAUAAUCUGGAGGGCUGUAUAUUCAUGUACCCUCCGAACUACGGUUCCAUCGCCGGCAAGAGCUAUCUAGACACUGUUGAACUACACGACGACCGGUAUACGUGCAACGCCGUGGGCGGAAACAAGGGCUUGUACUGGUACCCACAAUGGAUGGGAGCUAUGCCCCACCACCCAUACCCCUCACGAGUGGACGAGAAAGACACAUACGAGCCUCCAGGACCAUACUACCCCCCUGACAUAGACGAGGAUUCUGAAUAG